AUGCGCAUUCAUCCAAAUGAUGGGGGAGUUGGGCCUCUAGUUUACCAUUCGCUGGCCGUGAAUGCCCCAAUAGGUCCACUCAACAACAAACCAUUUACCAAAUCACAGCGAAGCGACACUUCGAUAGAGCGGAUGGUCACCUCUCGGCUGCUAUCUUUAUGUAUGUCUCAGCAACUACGGUCACUGCAGGAGGCACAGAUGUGGGAACCAUCGAUUGCGUGGCGUAUUGGUGAGACGCGUCAUGCGCUCGGUUCACUUAAUAUUUCACAUAUUGAAGCAGUGGCCGAAACUUUGCGCAUAGGGCUUGAUGGAACUGACCGUGCCCGCCUUACCCUUCCUCUGUGUGCUUCAAAGUUGCUUGUUGCCAUGUUAGUAAUGUUGGUGAUCAAUGGAAGCAGUCCGGGUCAGCGAGACGCGGAGAUCACUGCCAUGGCUCAGCCCAGGGUCUCCUGA